UGCUUCCUGUGUGAGCCGUUAUACUCGGUCUGUCUGCAGAGGGUCUCCGGUAUGGACAGCAGCUUCACUCCUCAACUUUUCACCAGAGAUUUUAUUGCUGUUAUUCUACACUCGACACGGUUCUUACAAUUUGGAAAUGGGUUUCUGAACGGAAUAAGCCGAAGCUGAGCCCGACGAGACUUAAAGCGACUGCUUGAAACCGUUUUUUUGUUGUUCGAGUUUUUGAAGGAAGAGGGGAAAAUGCCAGUCGCAACUCUUCUGCCUUUCACCGCGACUCCGAAUAGGAAGUCUGCCAGCCCGACUUCUUUCAGGUUGACGGAGAAAUUUAUUUUGUUACUUGUUUUCAGCGCUUUUAUAACCCUGUGUUUCGGGGCCAUUUUCUUCCUUCCGGACUCGUCCAAGCUGCUUAGCGGAGUUUUCUUUCAUUCCUCCGCGGUGGAAACCAACACCCGCACCGGUCCGGACAGCAGCGACUCGGGUUCGGCUGGAAACGACGAGAGGGUCCUGGCCAAAAUCAGAAAGGACCACGAAAAAGCUCUGUUAGAGGCUAAGGAUACUCUACAAAAACGGCCCGACGAGAUAGUAAAAGACAUUAGAAAUGAGAAGGAUGAACUUGUGAAGGAGAGUGUAGGUCAAGGUGGGAAAGAUGUGAAUAAUUUGCCUUUCGUUGAGUACCGCCGGCCGCCCGGGACGACGGGACACGAACCGCUGGACCCCGAAACCAGAGAAAGACGGGCUAAAAUCAAAGAGAUGAUGAAGCACGCGUGGGACAGCUACAGGCGCUACUCCUGGGGUUCCAAUGAGCUCAGGCCCAUCUCCAAGCAAGGCCACUCCAGCAAUCUAUUUGGCAGCAUCAAGGGAGCGACAAUAGUGGAUGCUCUGGAUACCCUCUAUAUCAUGGAAAUGUUUGAGGAGUUUGAUGCUGCUACUGAAUGGGUUGAGAAGAACCUUGACUUUGUUGUGAAUGCUGAAGUGUCCGUGUUUGAGGUGAACAUCAGGUUUGUCGGAGGUCUGCUGUCUGCCUACUACCUGUCUGGAAAAGAGGUGUUCCGUAGAAAGGCAGUGGAGUUGGGUGAAAAGCUGCUGCCAGCCUUCAAAACGCCCACCGGCAUACCUUGGGCCCUGCUUAACCUCAAGAGUGGUAUCGGCAGAAACUGGCCAUGGGCAUCAGGCGGGAGCAGCAUCCUGGCAGAGUAUGGAACGCUACAUCUGGAGUUUAUGCACCUCAGCAAACUUUCUGGAAACCCAGAAUUUGCUCAGAAGGUAAUGAACAUCCGUAAAGUGCUGAAUCGCCUGGACAAACCCCAGGGACUGUACCCCAAUUACCUGAACCCAAACAGUGGCCAGUGGGGCCAGCAUCAUGUGUCCGUGGGUGGCCUGGGUGACAGUUUCUAUGAAUACCUGCUCAAGGCCUGGCUGAUGUCUGACAAGACUGACGAGGAAGGCAAAAAGAUGUACUAUGAUGCCCUGCAGGCAAUAGAAACCAACCUGAUGAGGAAGUCGAGCGGUGGGCUGACCUACAUAGCGGAGUGGAAGGGGGGACUGCUGGAGCAUAAGAUGGGUCACCUGACCUGUUUUGCGGGUGGCAUGAUCGCUCUGGGUGCCGAUGGAGCGCCCAGCGACAAGACCGGCCACCAGAUGGAGCAGGCAGCCGAGAUCGCCCGAACCUGUCACGAGUCUUACGCCAGGACCGCGUUGAAGCUCGGUCCAGAGGCAUUUCGUUUCGACGGAGGGGUCGAGGCCAUUGCCACCCGCCAGAAUGAGAAAUAUUUCAUCCUCCGUCCCGAGGUCAUCGAGACCUACAUGUACAUGUGGAGGUUCACCCACGACCCCAAAUACAGAGAGUGGGGCUGGGAGGCUGUCCAGGCCUUAGAGCAGCAUUGUAAAGUAGAAGGAGGCUACAGCGGCGUCAGAGACGUCUACUCUUCGACUCCAAACCACGAUGAUGUACAGCAGAGCUUCUACUUGGCCGAGACGCUCAAGUAUCUGUACCUGCUGUUCUCUGACGACGACCACCUACCGUUCGACCACUGGGUCUUCAACACCGAGGCUCACCCUCUGCCAGUCAUCAAGAAGGAUAAUACAGACAGACCCAACGAAGUGGAGUAGUGGACCACCCUGCACCGACAACCAGAAACAAGUGCGACAACCUCUGAUCCUGUAUAUCUGAGCCUCUAGUUGUCUGCCUGAAACUGUUGAGCCAUUGGGAGCCUCCAGUGGUUACAGAUGCCUCUUGAUCGGAUUUCACUUUAGAUUUUGGAUGGGAUCGAAACAGCAUCCAAGUAUAUUGGAGCUGAGUUCUCGCUAUAGAUUCCAGUUUGGUUUUUUGCUUUUGAUUUUUAGCUCUGGUUGAUUCCAGAUGCUGACCUGACACAACACAUUCACUGCUGGAUGACGUGAUGGCUCAUCAAACUGUAAUAAAUCCUCCCUCCACACGAGUUUAAAUCCAUCAUGUGGUCAAUUCCGAGAUAACGCAGUGAUAAUCAGACUGCUUUUUAGUGUCCUUGCAUUAUAAAAGUUGUAUUUCUGAAGAUAUCAUCAUCAUAAAAGUGCAGUUUAUUUCACUGGUAAGGUUCAUUUUACAUUUCUGCUUAUUCAGAGGAGUAAUCUGAGCUAUCACGUGAUUCAUCAGUGGUUUUGUUGUUAGUACCUACAGCUUUGUCUGUAUUUUUGAGGAGACCUGACAGUCAUAAAGCAGUCGUCUCCCUAAUUUGGAUAUCAUGGACCCCCAGUGUUUGGGCCCCGAACCCGGACAGAACUCUGUCUCUGGAUUGAGGAUGACAAGGCUGACUUAUGAGCUAAGAGACGCUCAGUUCACUUCACACGUGUCGUCUUUUCCUUCUGCUGUAUCGCUUAAACAUCUCAACAGGAACUGGUUCUCUUGCACCAACGCUGGUACCACCACUGCUCGGUUUCGUUCUCAAAGAGACGCUGGGGGUUUGCUUUUCUAAAAACGUGGUUGUCGCUGUGGGAGUGAAGUAAAGACGCAGCACAACCCGAGCCUCUUUUAUAAACCCACCGAACUUUUAGAGCUCCCCUCCCCCUCAUUUUACCGGAACACCUGACUGCUCCUUCUUUCCUCCCUCUGAGUUCGGUGUGACACAUGUCGACCAGCCACACCAGCUCUCUACCUGCCAGGAACUUCACUUUCUCCCCACGACGUUUACACAAAACUAUCCUCUUCCUUCUGCUCUAUAUCUGUAUCUUUCACCGGCUUUUGGAUUUAUCAGGAUUUAUUUCUCACAUUUGCACCAGGGUUCGACCAGCGCAGGCAUUUUUAAGCUGAUGUUUGUUUUUUUAACUGGCAGCAAACAUUUGUGCUCACUUUCCAAAUUCAAAUCCGUCUUUUUUAUAGUCUUUUUCCAUUUCCCCUACAGAAAUGACCCAUUUGCACUCACAGAGACUUAUUGUUUAUGAUUAUGGGGUUUUCAGAAAACAAGAGAAUGGACUAAAAAAGGCAAAAAACACACUCUCACUUUCAUGGAGCCCUCAAAUAUAUUUUAUAAUUUAAAGGCCAAUUCACAGUCUCCACAUAACCGAUGUGGACUGUCAAAGCGGAAGUCCAUGCAGUGCUUUUCUUUAGCACAGAAUUUGUGGAGAAUUUAGAAUAUUCUACUGUGUUUGGCCACUGUCGAUAGGAUUGCAACUCUUUAAAUUAUAAAUUACAAAGGUACUUAUGGUGGAGAACCUCCUCAUACAGCCUCUAUUAAUAGCAAGCAUCUGUUUUAAGUACCAUUUGUUUUCCCUGAUGUUCUGCUUGCAGUAGGAACAGUCCAAAAUGUGGGCUGCAGUGGAAUUGGGUGGAUGAUGAAAUUUGCACCGUGUGUACCGAGGCGGAAAGCAUGAAUUAGCCUUUAGUCAGCAGAUGUUUGCCCAGCUGUAAUGGAGCGUAGAGAUGAGUUGGGCUGUGAAAUGUCCUUUAGUUGUAAGCUCUCGAAAAAGCAAGUUAGUAAUAUUUUUUUAAGUUUAUUACAUUUCAUUUACAACAUUUCUGCAAACUAUUUCACAAGUCAACAAACACCUUCUGCAAAUGCAAUUGUUUGCAUAGAAACUGAACUUUUAGACAGUCGGACACUAAAAGUCUCCACUAAAGUGCUCUGAUUGGUCAAAUUGAUCAGCAAUCCUGUGUAUCGGUCGAACCCUGUUUUUCACUGUAGUGUUGCUUCUUCACGUUUCCGUCCUCCGGGUCCAGCGUAGGGCAGGCUGUAGAUCUUCUCUCCUCUAUGAGGAGAUGCGGACGCUCGACUUUGCUGUAAUAUUUCACCUCCACACACACGAGAAGCCAUACCGAUGCAGCACAGCUUUACCAUUCUGUCGUCGACUUUUGUUCCUUUCAUCGUCCACAUACAUACGAGGCUGUGUGACUGUGUUGCUGCUUUUGUUGCCGUUCCGCAGUUGGAAGUCGCGCUCACUCGGUUAUUUAGUUGAAUUUCACGGUAAAGGUUCCUCCUGAUGCCACACAGAACCGUAGCCACAUUUAAUCCAGUUUAGUCUCCGAUCUAGUGCCUUCACUGUUGAGAAGGAGGAGGGAGAAGCAGCUCACACAAACACAAAAGAGUUUUAAAAUAGUAUCGCAGCUUUAAGUAAGUUCCUCUGAUGAGGAUUAUACCAAAACUGGACACGGAUUAAAGGAUAAUUUUACUUUUUAAUUUGAUAUUCAGAGGAACUUUGGUGUGAAGAUCGCUCAAGAGUUGGUGAAACAUUGGACUUUUUGGCUUUGUUGUGAUGAGUGGGAGAUCAGAGCACCAAAGGUCCAUGACAGGAGGUCAGUAUUAAAAUACUGGAACGCUUAUACGAUUGAUUCUCCGCCAUCUGUGGUAGGAAUGGUUUUCUAGGGUAUUUCCUUGACUACACUGACAUCCAGUGGUGAGCUAUUCCUAUUACAGUCAGCAUGAGACCUGGGCUGAACGACUACAGUCUAAAAAGACAAAAACAUUAUGAAAUAAUAGUUAAUGUAGGUAAAUAAUCAAGUUUAGGUAGGUCAGUGUUUUGAGGAACAAUUAGUGGAUAUUUAUAUCAUCAGUAGUUUCUAAUGUUUUUGUCCAAGUUGACGAAGGAUUGAUGAUAUUCUCACCAAGAGAAAUCCUCUAACUGAAGUACAAAACCUGAAUCUCCCUCUCAGUCUGUCAGGUAUUUACUACUUUGAGAUAGCAGGCGGUGAGUGGUUUGAAAUUCCAGUCACUGUUUGAAAUAUUUCUAUAUUUCAUCUGUCUGACAGAAUAAGUAGCCGAGCUGAGUGACGGUUUAAACCACGCCUAGUCAGCAGGAUGAAACACAUUUAGCCCAGGUGUCUCAGAGCAGGAGAAGGACACGUGCAGUGCUUUGGCUAAACGUGUCAGGAUCAACGCUUUUACUGACUUCCACUCUGCUUAACUGAAAGGACCAACAGCUUUUCACCUGAUUUUUAUGUUUCCACGCAAUCAAUUGUUUGCUGCUACAUAAACAUGUUAAACAGUUGUAGUUUACAGUUCACGUGAUGAUUCGUUUGCUAAAAGCAGAGCUCUAAGAUAAGGACAGAAAACGUCCUUAAUUACAGUUGUGUGCUUCAGAUAGUAAUUUUUAAACCAAUUCAGAUCUAACCGCACUAACUGACCACUGCUAAAUUCCCAGAUUUGAUUGUCUGUCUUUGGAACCAAAUAUCACGAGUCCUCCCCAUCUUUUAACCAACACCGACAUAUCACUCAGCAGGCCUUCCUGUUCAAAAUGAAUAUAGUGUUGAUUUUCUGAGCUGUGACAAAUCCUUCCAUGUUCCUUAUAUCACUGUACAGACGACAGUGUCUCCGUGUUGAGUCUGUUCUGUUUAGUUAGGGUGGCAUUUAUUAUCCAUGUGAUGAUGUAUUGUAAUGGUUGAUUUUGCUGAUUGUGUUAAUUUAUUCUGUAGUAGUGAACCUAGGACUUAGAGGUGUUGGGACCCCGAGGUGGAGCUGCAGAGAAGAAGGCUGGAGUCUGAACAGGAACACAGCUGCAUAUUUAUCUGCCUGAACUGGACUGGUGACGGUCCGGGUUAUUUUAAAAAGUCUUGUGUCUGUAUGUUUAAGAUGUCUUACAGCAGUUCUACAAACACCUACACUACCGUUUAAAAGUUUGGGGUCACUUAGAAAUGUCUUUUUUUCAGUGAAGAUGACAUUAAAUGAAUCAGAAAUACAGUCUAGACAUUGUUAAUGUGGUAAAUAAAUAUUCUAGCUGGAAACAGCUGAUUUGUAAUGGAAUAUCCACAUAGGGGUACAGAGGAACAUUUCCAGCAACCAUCACUCCUGUGUUCUAAUGCUACAUUGUGUUAGCUAACGGUGUUGAAAGGCUAAUUGAUGAUUAGAAAACCCUUGUGCAAUGAUGUUAGCACAUGAAUAAAAGUGUGAGUUUUCAUGGCUUUCUUGACCCCAAACUUUUGUACGGUAGUGUAUGUAUAAAGCACCUCUAGGUGUUUAAAAUGCUGUACACGGUACCUUUACAACGGCAGAAAAUGUGUCAGAAGGAGGGCAGAGAAACCACCAGGGAGUCAAUCAGACAACCUUUAGGGAGGAUAGGAACUGUAUGAAUGUACCAUCCAAUGUGAAGUGAAGAAUAUUUUAUAUGCAUUUUUGUCUUUGUUUGUUCACUUCAGCGUACUUUUGUUUUUUUUAAUCGUGUUUAAUCUUGGAAAGCACAAAAAGUUGAAGCCAUGUGUGCAGGCAGAGAAGCAUCUGAGAGCUGAAGUCUCUGGAGGCUGUAAUGUAGGAAAUGAUCCAAAUCUGCCACAUGAGGUGUUUCAGUACGCUGGUAACACACUUUGUACUUCUUCUUGGUUUCUUUUUCUGAAGAUGUGACGCAAACAUAGGGGGAAUAUUCUACAUCAUAAAGAGUUUGUCUUUCACAUCUGAUUUGUUCGCCAGUGGUGGGAGCUGAUAGUCGAACAUUCAAACACACGGUGGGCAGUUUUAACAUUUAGCAGCUGAGUUUGACUGUUGGGAAUUAAAAGGACAGAUAUAAAGAAGUGCAUUUUGGUGAAUUACACUGUCGCUUGUCGAAAACAUCACUCUGAUCUGUGCAAACUGCUGGUCAGAAUGGUGGAGAAGGAGGAAGUUCAAUUCCAGAUAUGUGUAAUUCUAUUUUGGCUAGUUUAAGAAAGCAGCGACAUCAUUCUGACCACUUCAGAUUGAAUAGAAGACAUUUAAAAAAAGGAGUCGGUAGAUAUCGGAAACUGAAUUUACAGCUAGCGCGGAUAUCUGCAGCUAAAUUCUAAAUCUCUGCAAAAAAUCACUUGUCCUUAAAAAAGGACGAUGUGAAUAUCUGAAAUGUUCUUUUUGACUCGGAAGAAAGAAAUUACUGGUAUCUGCAAUACAUAUCCAGUCCAGCUACUGAAUGUUAAACAGCUUUCCACAGUCAGAUCUAUUUCUGAUAGUCUGAGAUCACAGCAGCAUAAUAAAUAUGCCAUGGAUCUUUAUUUGAAACAUAGAAAUCUGGUCAUCCUGUUCGACCAGAGAACGUUUGUAAUGAAGGAAAGUGUGAUUAUUUUCGAUCAUCUAACACAGCGGUUUACUGCAGCUCAGUGUUCAUUUUAUUUUGCUGCAUAAUUGGGUUUAAUCAGGUACAUAUCUAAAAGUUAAUGUUGACCACUGAGUACUCGGCUGAAUAUAGAGCAUGAUCAGAUAAGUUUACAUCAUUUAAUUUGUGGGCAUUUACAAUGUUCAAAUCACAGUUUCACACAGUCCACAUAUCUUGUUUUUUUUACCCAGAAUGAUUCGGUCUGCAAUAAUCUAAAAAAAAAAAAAGAGAGAGAGAGAGAAAAAUACAUGCACUAACGUUGGAGAAGUUGCAAGAAGACAAUAAUUGGAAAAAGCCUAAUUGUUAAAAGAGUAACAGCUGAUUAGUCUUCUGUUGAUUGAUUACUGCAUUAGCUGUUGUAAUCCGGCUGUAGAGACACAGAUACCUUCAUUUGGAAUACUCACAAAACCUGUAUUUAAGGCUACAUCGCAUCAUUGUGGUACUAAUGGUGCCUAGAUUUAAAUGAAACCAUUUAUUCAUUCUGAUUCUGUUUGUCCAGUUAGAGAUUAAAACAUUGCAGUAAUGUGGGGGUUGUAGUAUUAAUCUGCAGUAAAUCUGAUGGUAUGGAUCAGAGUACUUAUUCAAAAAAUAGCUAAGAUUUGUUCUUGCAAUCUGCAUAAUCAGUGUGAUUAUAAUUAUGUUAAGAUAACUGUAUGCAGAGGUGUUAUGAAAGCAUGGGUUCUUUGAAACGUCAGUCAGGUGAUUCAGACUUAAAGGGCUGAUCCGCUGCAUUUUCUCCACAAGGAAGGUUUUAAGCCCUCUGAUUUUAGACGUGUCCCUCAUUGUUCCUCUCAUGUGACACCGAUGUGGUUGUUUCAUUUCCCGAACAGGGAGGAAAUCCGAAUGUCUUUGGUUGUGUAAGUCUGCUUUGUCUUCACAUCAGGUUCAGUCUCGUAUGCAGACUGUGUUUUAUUUUCCGUUGUUUUUCAUGAAAAGGUUCAUCUGUCUUUGGUGAUUUUUCUGAAUAUUGUGUUGCGUUCCAAUGCCUUUCUGUUAGUGAACGUUAAAGGAGAAUGCCAGCAGGAACUGAAGUUUCAGGAAAUUAAAUUGAAGUGGGUCCUUUUCCAGGAAAACCUUCUUCGUAUAUCACACUGACAUCAUUUUCCUUGAGUGGUGCGAGACCACUAAAUAGUCCUGACCUGUCCUGGGACUCUACUGAUCUGAAUUCCUGAGAUGUUUGGCAUUCUCCUUUAAAAGGGUUUAAAUGUGUGAAACCAACCUCAGAAAUGUAUCUGUACAAAAUAUUGCUGAUAAUCAUUCCAUUGCACAUAGUUUACUUUGCAUUUGUAUGCAAUAUUUUAAUUUUGUGGGGAAAUUUGUUUUAUUGUGUUAAUAUUAUUAUUGAAAAAAAUGUAAAUAUUCCAUUCCGGCAAAUGAGCCGUUCUACAUUUAUAUAAAAUCUUCUGAGCUUACGGAUUAAAAUGAUAUUAAUGAGCAGCAGACUUUUUAAUAAACUAUAUUUGUUACACUUCUAUUGUGAAUAAAAAAUCUUUUAUUAAGA